CCAUCUGAUCGGGUUAACCCAUCAUUGGUGCUUUCAUUGAGAGAAACUGUGAGAUAAAACUGUGAGAUUAUGGCCGGACGAAGGACGAGACGUAACACCGCCAUUUCCGCCCAGUCCACGGUGAGGAGUGACCACCCUGAACAAGGCAUAAUCGUUCAUGUCAAUGGGCUGGAAACGGCGUUGAAUAAUGUGGCUAACAUGAUGGCCAACAUUAUGGAACGCUUGGAUCAGGCUCUUCCUGGCCCAUCCGGUACCCAGAAUAUCCCUGCCGGGCAGCCCCGCCAGGUCCUGCGUACUGCCAGUUCUCCCAUCCUCCAGGAACUUCAUGACCCGGAGGAGGUCGAGAGGGAGAGACAGGCCAUCGCUAGGCGCCAGGUAGAGGAGAUGGCCCGAAAUAAUAGGUCGAAUAGGGAUCAAACCAGGGCUGUGAGUCAAAUCAUGGGUAACGAAAACGAGAACCCGCGGGGGACAAUUUUUGAAAGGAUAUCUCACCAGAGGGCUCACAUUAGUGAGAGGCUGGGGAAGAAUCCGGACAAGGCACCCCAGGGGAACUGCCAUCCCAAGAAGCAUUUCACUCACUUGGCUUCAGUGCGGCAGAAACAUGGGGAGUCCUUUAAGAAUUUCCUGGUCCGAUGGAGAAAAGAAUCGAGGGAGGUGGAAGGAUUAGAUGAUAAAUCCAGGUUAGCCAUGUUCACGGCGGCAUUGCAGGAUGGUCUCCUUUAUACCGAUCUUACAACUCAUCCCUCGUAUACCUUUGAAGAAGCAAUGGUCCGGGCCGGAAGGUAUGUGACCCUGGAGGAGAGGAAGGAGGAGAAGAAAGAGAAGACUCCCAAAGAAGAAGAGAAGGCGGGAAAUAAGAAGCCUUUCAAGAACAAGAAGCAGGGCUUCCCGGAUGGCCCAAAGGGAACAAACUCUGGGACCUCGGAGAAGCACAAAUCUGCCAAUCCAGUGUUUACAUUGCCGGUAGCUGAGGUCAUGGCCCAUGCUGCACAGCAAGGACUGAUGACAUAUCCAACCUAUUCCCAGAAGGUCUGCAAUGUGGAGGACACUGGAAAAUGGUGUGCUUACCAUCGCAAGAAUGAUCACAACACAGAAGACUGUUAUACCCUGAAGAAUGAGAUGGCAAGGCUAAUCUGCCGGGGCCAUCUGAAGAAAUUUGUACAAGAUGGUGACGUGGGAAAUCCUGGGAAUGCUCAGAAUGGGAAGCGUAGAGAUAAGGAGGUGGCCCAGGCGGAGGCCCGGGAAAAACGCCACAUCGGGCUUGAAGAUGAAGAAGAAGAUUCAGAGCCCGCACCACACCGGCAGAAGAGGCACCACGAGUGUAAUUACAUCAUUGGUGGGAAUAUUGGUGGAGACUCGGUCACUAGCCGGAAAAAGUGGGCCAACGCGGCGAUAGUCAACAAGGUGGUGGUCCCAGAAGGUAAGAAGCUGAAAACUGUGCCGAUUGUAUUUUCUAAUGCUGAUUUGCCAGAAACAGGGGUCCCCUAUAGGGACGCCCUGGUGAUUACGAUUGAUAUAAUGGACUUGCUGAUCCACAAGACUCUGGUGGAUACGGGAAGUUCCGUUAACAUCAUGUAUAUGGAUACUUACAAGGCUCUUGGUUUGACAAGAGAUGAGUUAUCACCCAUUAAGACUCCGCUGACCGGGUUCACGGGCGACUCUAUUGAACCGGAAGGGGUGAUAACCCUGCCGAUUGAGAUAGGAGAUACUAAGGCCACCCGGAAGUUGGACAUGGAGUUUGUUGUAGUGGGCAUAAUCUCCUGUACCAAUAUCAUCCUGGGCAGACCCGGAUUAGAAGAUCUGGAGGGAUCCCAGAGAGUGUCUCGGGCAUGGUAUUUGAAGGCUACUAAACAACUUAUCAAAUACAAAACCCAAGUGGGGGAGGUGACUGCACAACUCCUAAGGGCCGAGGAGAGAUGUCCCAGAGUAGAAGUUGCAGGCGACAUUGAGGAGGUUGAACUCGAGCCGGGCACGCCGGGAAGGUUGGUCAGAAUUAGAAAGGGACUGGGGGCUGAGCUCAGGUCGUGGGUGAUCUCUGUUCCUAGAAGGUUCAGGAAGGUCUUUGCAUGGAGUCCAGCUGAUAUGCCAGGGCUGGAUCACAAGAUUGCAGUCCAUCGCCUCAAUGUAUUGUGGGAUGCUAAACCGGUGAAGCAGAAGCGGAGACAUUUGUCGCAGGAAAGGAGAGACUUCGUGAAGAAGGAGGUUGCGACCCUGCAGAGCAUUGGACACAUCCGGGAGGUAUUCCCGCCCGGAAAAGGCCAUGUUAGCGGUUUUUGGACGGCAAAGAGGUUAACCCCAUACUUUCAAGCGCACCGGAUUGUGGUACUCACCAAUGAGCCUCUGGCAUCACUUACCUGGAGCCCAGCGGCAUCUGCCCGGAUGACCAAGUGGGCGGUCUUUAUCAGUCAGUACAAUGUGGAGUUCAGGCCGCGUCUAUCAAUCAAAGGGCAGGCACUCGCCGACUUUCAGGUUGAGUUUACUGCCAGGGAGAUGACAAGAGCCCAGGUCGGAACUCGGGUAGAACAUGACUGGUGGGUGAUGAGCAUUGACGGAUCUUCCGGGUCUCGAUCCUGUGGAGCGGGUAUUGUCUUGAUCACUCCGGAAAAUUUCCGGAUAUAUUAUGCUAUCAGAUUUCAGUUCCGCGUAUCCAACAAUGAAGCCGAAUAUGAGGCCCUGAUCAAUGGACCGAGAAUCCUCGUCAAGCUAGGGGUGUCCAGGGUUCAAUAUAUAAGCAAGUUAGCAACUGUGGAGGAGUUGGCAACCCUGAGUGUCAACAGGGACAAAGUGCUCUGGGUAUCAGCUGAUCCUCCUGAAUGGUUGGACAGGUUGGCCAGAUAUAUUGAAGAUGGGGUAGUCCCGGUAGAUGCGCAAGAAGCCCGGUUAUUGCGAAUGAGGGCACCUACCUACAAGGUGCAGGAUGGAGUCCUGUAUAAGCGGUCUUACAACGGUGUUUUACUCCUCUGUCUCAGGGCGGCAGAGGCAAAAGCGCUUAUAGAAGAGAUACAUGAAGGAGUAUGUGCUGCACAUCAGGGCCCAUACUCUAUUUCCAGAAGGGCGAUAAUCCAGGGAUAUUUCUGGCCAACAAUGAGGAAAGAUUGUGAGGAAUAUGUGCGCAAGGCGAACCGACACUUCAAGGAUCUAAGAGGAAUGCAUUCGCUAACCCUUGCUGCCCUGCCUGAACCAGAAAAGAACCCCGGAGCGAGGAGGAAAGAGGACAAAGGUUUCCAAGAAGAAGGGCAACACCGAAGCUACGACCUCAGCGCCCCCUUCCUGGACGGCUCGUUUCUUGAGUUCGGGUCGGAGGAGGAACUCAAGCGGUUCCUCACGCACUUUGCUAAGCGUCCCAUUUCUCCGCCUAGGGUGCUGCCCGAGUUGUACCCUCAACAAAAGGGGUACCACGACCUCGACAAUCAGCUUCAAGCUUCGGGUCUGUGGUCGUUCGUCUCCAGGAGCCGCUCGAGCUUCAAUCCCGCCUUCGUCUGGGCCUUCUACUCCAAUCUCCGCCGUGACGGUGACACCAUUCGCAGCAGCAUCAAUCUCUACGACAUACAGAUUGAUUUACCUACCUUUGCUCGGGUCGCAGGGCUGCCCAUCCGCGGUGACGACAUCGCGACUUAUGGUGGCGAUGAUUGGAUCCUCAACAAUGAGGCAGUCGUCAUUCGUGAGCUUGGGAUCACCAACUUGAUCCGCCACAGCGGCGCGCCGACGAUCCACUCGGCCCCACCCGACAAGCGCCUCCUCCUCUACAUCAUCACCUGGAUUCUCCACCCCCGAUACAGCAGCCACACCUCGCUCUUCAACGAGGACUUGAAGGCGAUUCACGCCAUCAUCCACGGCGCCUCCAUCAAUUGGGUGAAAUUCGUGAUGAUCCACAUGGCGGAUUGCGCCUCCAUCGCCACGGAGCAGAGCUUGCCAUACGCCUUCCUCGUCAUGGACCUCAUCAUCUCCGCCGACAUCUCCAUCGCCGGCCCGGAUACGAAGAUGAUGAAGAUUUGGAUCAUUCAAGACAUCACCUUCCGGAAGAAGUUCGGAGACAGGGACGGCGCAGUCCCAAGUCGUGCACCAGCCCUCGUUUUCGCCAAGUCCUCUUUGCAAUCCAUAGCCGAUACUCUAAAUCGGCUAACCCUCACAGUGGAUGGCAUGGGGCAAUCAAUUUUACGGAUGGACUGGACGUUGCAACGCCAACACCACGACAUAACGGUGUUCUUCCGCGGCAUCAACUACGUCCCGACAAGGAUGCCGACGAGGGCGAGGGCGCCGAUGCCUAGACUCUUCUUUUCUCUUCUCUCCUUACUAUGAUUGCCGUGGUUAAGGCAAAAACCAUAGGUUUUUGGCUAACCACCCACCCAGCGAUGGGAAGAACAUCCCAUCGAUGGGUAAGCGGCCCCUUAGCCAAACCAACUUCCAGAACCAUGCCAAACAGCGAUGGGAGGUUCUACCCAUCGCUGUUAAAGCCUUGGUCCAACAUUAUCACAAGGCAGAAUGCCCUUACCCAGCGAUGGGAAGCUUUACCCAUCGAUGGGAACCCAGCGAUGGGAAGGCUUAACCAUCGAUGGGAAGGCAUGACCGUUGUANAAACACUUGGUUUUUAUUUUGGAGAACUUUGGAUUUUUCGGUCGGUUUUUGCAUCGGUUGGCUAGGCCGUGGUUAAGGCAAAAACCAUAGGUUUUUGGCUAACCACCCACCCAGCGAUGGGAAGAACAUCCCAUCGAUGGGUAAGCGGCCCCUUAGCCAAACCAACUUCCAGAACCAUGCCAAACAGCGAUGGGAGGUUCUACCCAUCGCUGUUAAAGCCUUGGUCCAACAUUAUCACAAGGCAGAAUGCCCUUACCCAGCGAUGGGAAGCUUUACCCAUCGAUGGGAACCCAGCGAUGGGAAGGCUUAACCAUCGAUGGGAAGGCAUGACCGUUGUAGGUCAUUUAAGGUUGAUUCUUUCCUUGUUUGGAAGUCAACCUCCCACCCAGCGAUGGGAAGCAUGUAUCCAUCGAUGGGUAGGUGACCGUUGGCUUCAAAACUGAAGGAAAAUUGGCCUACCAGCGAUGGGUAAGGUCCAUACAUCGCUGGGAAGCCAAUAUUCUGCAGAUCCCAAAUCUUUUCAAUCCCAUAAAUCAAGCUAAUCACCCCUU